UCUGUUCCCACAAGGGUGCAAGUGCUUCUUCUUUACAUUAGAAACUUUGUCAUUGUAAAAUUUUUGCACAUGAGUUCUACUACAACACAGAGGCGAAAAAUUGGCUCGGUCAAGUCAGGAGAUUCGUUGACGGUACAGGUAGAACUGGAGGAAAAUCGCGAGUCCACCUCGGUCCCAAUGGUGACAGCAACAGUUCGUCGACGAUUCUGUGGUACCGGACCUUUCGACAGAUAUUGGUUGAACCUGGAUUGUUGUGGCCUCUUUUGCGCCCUGAUAACUUAUUGUCUGCACGCCUAUGGAGUGUAUGCUGUCUGCUUCGUUCUGAUCCCACCCUGGAUGAGCACUACGAGCGAAGAUGGCAUCCGGAGUUUGAGCAUAGCAGGCAUCGGGAAUCGCAUCGGGUUUUCUCUGUUGGCAGCAUUGGCGGUUGCGGCUCAUUUCAAAACAAUGACAACCGAUCCCGGUACGGUGCCACCCGAUGCGCAACCGCUUCCCGAAACCGAGGAGAAAAUAGAAACUGAGGAAGAAAAGCAAUUGCAAAGUUUGAUGAUUAUGCCAACUCAAAAGGGACGUCGACUUUGUCGUCGUUGCAAAGCGUUCAAGCCGCAGCGGGCACAUCAUUGUAGUGUCUGUCGCCGAUGCGUUAUUAAAAUGGACCAUCACUGCCCCUGGGUCAACAACUGCGUAGGUAUUGGCAACCACAAAUACUUUCUACUAUUUGUGUUCUACACCUUUUUGACCUGCACGUAUUCCAUGGUGUUUGUCAUUACUCGAUUUGCGACGUGUGUGUCACACGAUACGACGGGCGGACGUCACAAUCGCCACCAUAUUGCCUGCUUGGAUCACCCUACCCAGAUGCUUACAGUUCUCGGUCUUUUGAUCGAAGCUUUGCUCUUUGGAAUGUUUACCUCCUGCAUGAUGUAUGAUCAAUCCGAAGUAAUCCGAUCCAAAUUGACACACAUUGACCGUCUGAAAGGUCUCGAUAUUGGUGGUUCCUUGGAAGGCAUCACCGAAGUCUUCGGAAUUGGCAGCUGCAGUCGGGAUGUCAACCACACAGGAUUUCGCUGCGAUUGGUUGUCCCCCUUUCGUCGAGUUUGCUACCCACCCUCAGCGGUGGACGAAGUAAUGGGAUUUUGCCGACUCGCGAGAAAGGGCACGUCCGAAACAGAGUUGCCGGCCCGGUCGAACGGUUCCGCGUUGCGUAAGGUGGCGGACUUGCGCUUAAUUUCGCCCCGUCACACAACCGGACCGGACACGUUACAGGGGGCCGUUCGUGGUGGUACGGAUCUGUUUUUCCAGAAGAGUAACAAAACGGCCACCGCUGCCACCAAAUUUUUGAUUAGUAGAACGGAGCUGAUCGAAAAAAAUGAGUGCUCCUGGUACGUAAACCAAACUCGCUCGUUUGUCCCAAUGAAUAUGGAGGAAUGGCAGCGGCGAAUUCGGGCGGAUAAAGAAAAGGAGCGCCAGCAGAAAUCGCAGUCUGCCGAAAUCCUUCAAAGCUACCGGGGUGGCGUCAAGGACGAGGAUCUGAAACUUUCGGCCCUGAGGCAAGAAGAGCGGGAAAAGCAUUUGGACGCCGAAAGGUUGAUGCAUAGUUACCAAAAUAAUGAACGGAUCGAAGUCAGGCAGCGACCUGUUCGGGUAGAUCCGCAGCUUGCGUCACCACCGGUACGAGCGGAAAGCGAUCGGUCGGUCAACGUGACACCAGGAUCGGUAUCGGCCAUGGCGGGGAGAUUUGCGCAGGUAUCAGACUCUGACAAUAGUUUGUCUGUGUCACCGUCAGCACGGACAAGAAAAACAGUCGUUGUGGAGGCUCUUCCGCCGUUUGGGGUCACUUCCCUAGUGGAAGAAGGUGCGGCGAAGGAGACAAAUCUCACCAACUCGACGGCUCUAUCGCCAGUGCUGGAUGCAUUCGGAACAGAAAGUCAAGAAUACGACCAAGUCGCUUUAGAGAACGCUGCAGAUCUCGCAGCAUUCUCAUCCGCGACCGUUCCAGAAUCCUUUCCGAGAAUGAUUCGAUUGGAUGUGCUAAUUUCUUUUGGACUGGUCACGUCUUCUGAGAACCCUAUUUUAGACGGCUACGUUAAGGCGGCCGGCCAGAUCGUCCAGUGGCGUCUGACGGAAAAUUCUGAUUUGGGGAGAAGUGUAACGUACAAUACUGAUGUUCCUGCUUUUAUCAAAAAGUCGAAUUGGGACGACUUCUACGUGGACUCGUCGGGUCGCUCCGAUGUCCGGCGCUGCGUAGCGGUGGCGGCUAUCCCACUAUUUCUGACGAACGGAUUUCCUGUGGAUACCGUCAAAGAUGAUAUUGUUCGGAGUUUGCAACACUCGAUUCAUUCAGGGGAAUUUGUCGAGCUUGCGCAAGCUUUCCGAUAGCAGCACUCUAGAUUACUCUUAAAGUAUGGGGAAAAAUUCACCGG